AUGGACAGUACAGACAGUAGCGAUUCAGAUGGCACUACUGAUAAUAGCCAGAAUCAAAAUGAGACAAAUGCUAUACGACUAGUAGAGCCGGAACCGGGAGAUAGUGAUGAACAGUUAGAUGAACAACAAUCCGAUGAUGAAGAACAGGUCGUCAACGAAGCCGAGGAUGAAGACAACGACGGCGGCGGCGGUAAUCUGUGUCCCAUAUGUCACGACAGAGUCGUAAAUCAGUCACUGGUUUAUCGAUGUUUGCAUGAAUUUUGCUUUCAAUGUCUCAGUGAUUGGUCCGAACGGAACAACACUUGUCCGGUAUGUAGACAACGGUUUACACAUAUUGUAACCAAUAUCCGGUCGGACACUGACUAUGAUUUGGUUGCCGUAACUGUUAGGAGUAGAUCCCAUUGGAGAAGACUUAGUCGUCAGCGUAAUCGUGGCCAAAGAGACACUGAGGAGGAGGUGGUGGAGGAGGAAGAGACAGGAAGUCCUAGAAGACGAUCGCGUAGUACAAGACGUCGUGAAAGAGAAGAACGACGACAAAGAAUAAGUGAUAGAAGACGAAGAAGAAGAAGACGACGACGAGUAAGAAGUAGAGGAGGAAUACAAAGAAGAUUAAGUGGUAGAAGAAGAAGAAGCAGAGAUUGA